CGGCCUCGGGGCCGGCGCUGCGCGUGGACGGCUGGCGCGCGCUGCACGAGCUGAACCCCCGCGCGUCCGACGAGGCGGCGCUCGGCUGGGUGUUCGUGGUGGACACGCUCAACUUCUCCUUCUGGGCCGAGCAGGAGGAGCGCAGGUGCCUGGUGAGCUACGGGGGCAAAGCCUACAGCGGGUACUGGGCACUGUGCGCCGCGGUGAACCGCGCCCUGGAUGAAGGGAUACCAAUAACGAGUGCUUCCUACUAUGCCACCGUGACCCUGGACCAGGUUCGGCACAUAUUUCGUUCUGACACCGACGUCCCCAUGCCUUUAAUGGAAGACAGGCAUCGUGUUCUCAAUGAGGCAGGGAGAAUUCUGUUGGAGAAGUUUGGAGGCUCUUUCCUUAACUGCGUCCGAAAGAGUGAAAAAAGCGCGCAGAAGUUACUGCACCUGAUUGUUGAAAGUUUUCCUUCUUACAGAGAUGUGACUGAGUUUGAGGGGAAAAGUGUUUCUUUCUACAAACGAGCGCAGAUCCUUGUGGCGGACACCUGGAGUGUGCUGGAGGGCCAGGGGGACGGCUGCUUCGCGGACAUCGCCAGCAUCACCAUGUUUGCCGACUACCGACUGCCGCAGGUCCUUGCCCACCUCGGAGCCCUGAAGUACUCCGAUGAGCUGCUGAAGAAGCUUUGCAGAGGAGAAAUGCUGUCAUAUGGGGAUAAGCAAGAGGUGGAAAUCAGAGGGUGCUCGCUGUGGUGUGUCGAGCUGAUCCGGGAUUGUCUUCUGGAGCUUAUUGAAAAAAAGAGUGAAAAGCCUAAUGGUGAGAUCAACUCCAUCCUCCUGGAUUAUUACCUGUGGGACUACGCCCGGGACCACAGGGACGACAUGAAAGGGAUUCCGUUUCAUCGCACACGCUGCAUAUACUACUGACCCAGCUCAGACUGAGCCAGACUGCUGCGUUGGGAGCAAACCAAUGAGAUUAUAGAACCGUUCAUUCUACUUGGCUUUGGUACUAAGAAAAGAGGAUAGAAAUUAUAGGAAUAAAAAAAUUGAUUAUACAGUU